ACCAGUACCGAUAACGCAAACAGCUAGUACUACUCAUCAUCUUCGUAACCUUGUUUCUCCUUCUAUAGCCAGUAGUAGUACUCCAUGAACUUCAUGGCCCUGGCCGUUGGAAGAAGAGAGAUCUUUGUUUCUGUUCUUUUCGCUUUUCUGCUUCUUGUGUCUGUGGGUGCAAGUCAUGGAGCAGGUGCAGAAGAAGAGGCCGAUCGGAUAAAAGCACUUCCGGGGCAACCAAAAGUCUCUUUCCAGCAAUUCUCCGGCUAUGUCACCGUUAAUCAAGUCGCCGGCAGGGCCCUCUUCUACUGGCUUACUGAGGCUGUUCAUGAACCACUCUCGAAACCCCUCGUUGUUUGGCUUAAUGGAGGUCCUGGCUGUUCUUCGGUGGCUUAUGGUGCCUCGGAAGAGAUUGGCCCGUUUAGGUUAAACAAAAGCGGGUCGGGUUUAUACCUCAACAAGUUCUCAUGGAACACUGUUGCUAACCUUCUGUUCCUUGAAACUCCGGCCGGCGUCGGGUUCUCUUAUAGCAACAGAUCGUCUGACCUCCUCGACACCGGCGAUCGGCGCACCGCUAAGGACUCGCUUGAAUUCUUGAUCCGAUGGUUGGGCCGGUUCCUACGUUACAAGAACCGGGAAGUCUUCUUGACCGGAGAAAGCUAUGCCGGACACUAUGUCCCUCAGUUGGCCAGAGAAAUUAUGAAAUACAACACCAGGACUAAGCACCCCAUUAAUCUCAAAGGAAUAAUGGUUGGGAAUGCAGUCACAGACAAUUACUACGACAACCUGGGCACAGUAACCUACUGGUGGAGCCACGCCAUGAUCUCCGACAAAACAUACAGGCAACUGUUAAACACUUGCGACUUCCGCCGGCAAAAGGAAUCCGACGAAUGCGAAUCACUGUACACAUAUGCCCUGGAUCAGGAAUUUGGCAACAUUGACCAGUACAACAUAUAUGCUCCACCUUGCAACAUUAAUUCAGAUGGCGCUGUUACACGUCGGAUGCUACGUUUGCCACAUCGACCACAUCCGAUUUUCUGGCAGUUUUCUGGAUAUGAUCCAUGUACAGAAAAAUAUGCUGAGAUUUAUUACAACAGGCCGGAUGUGCAGAAAGCCCUUCAUGCCAACACAACUAAAAUCCCUUAUAGAUGGACUGCUUGCAGUGGAAUUUUGAACCGGAAUUGGAAUGACACAGAAGUAUCAAUUCUUCCCACUUACAAGGAGAUGAUUGCUGGUGGUUUGAGAGUCUGGGUGUUCAGCGGCGAUGUCGAUUCAGUUGUGCCAGUUACAGCCACCAGGUUUUCUCUUGCACGGCUCAACUUAGUUACCAAAAUUCCAUGGUAUCCGUGGUAUGUAAAGAAGCAGGUGGGAGGUUGGACAGAAGUUUAUGAAGGGCUCACGUUUGCAACAGUACGUGGUGCAGGCCAUGAAGUACCACUCUUCAAACCCAGAGCAGCUCUUCAGCUGUUCAAAUCAUUUUUAAGGGGGGAAAAUCUACCCAAGUCAUAAAAAAAAAAAAAAAAAAAAAACUUCUGUUUUGAAGACAAAGAGUCCUCUUCUUUGUUUUGAUUAUCAUAAAUCCUGGAAAAGUCAGGAAAAAGGAAAUCAAAAUUCCAUUUGUGUUGAUUUAAAAGGAAAAGCACGAGUCAGAGUUAAAAGAAUGUGUCUGUGUGAUAGAAGAAACAAAUUCAAGUCAGAGGAGUGUUGUUUGUAUCUUAGCUGUGCAUUGAUUUCCAAAAGUCAUUUUGAUGAAAAAUAAGAAAAGUGAAGUUGUGUGGUCUUGA